AUGAAGUUUCUCGCUCUUGUCAUUGCCGCUCAGCUCGCCAUCGCGGCGCCUGUAGCCAAGAAGUGCUCCUCAACUAAUGUUGUCUGCUCAGCACCUGGAACCGUUACUGAAGUCAGCGAUGCUUCUGCUGAGCAGCUUGACUCUAUGACCGGCUCCCUUUCCGCGCGCAGCCUGAGGCGCGACAUGAUCGACGAUGCUAUUGCCGAAAUUGACAUGUCAGACAUGCCUGAGAAGGGAGAGCCUAUCCCUACCCGCCCAAGUGAGCGUGACACCAUCGUCGCCCCUACUCCAGAGGACAGUGCCGAUGCUGCCCCCGCUAUCUACGAGGAGACCUACGAGUUGGUUCCCGAGGCGACCAAAGACACCUACGGAGAGGUUGCCCCCGAAGCGUCCGACAACGAUGAGUACUCAGAGGUCGUUCCUGAGUUGUCCGAGGGUCUCUCCAAGAGGGGUCUUUUCGAUGACUUGUCUAAGACUUUCCCCGAAGUUGAGGACUCUUACGAGGAGAUUGUGCCGGAGGUCACCAGCGCCGCCUACGAGGCUAAGCCUACUCCCAGCGCCUACGAGGCUAUUCCCACCCCUGCGGAUGCCUACCAUGCUCUUCCUACUCCUAGCGAGGUUUACGAGGCUAAGCCCACUCCCAGCGAGGUUUACGGUGCUGUUCCCGUCAAGCCCAGCAAGGUCUACGAGGCCGCUCCUACUCCUACCAAGGGUGCCUACGAGUCUCUCCCCACUCCUGCCAAGGACACCUACGAGUCUACUCCCAUCGAGGACAGCUACGAGGAGCUCGACCUUGACUUUGACAUCUUCCGCAAGAACUAG